AACUCAUCUUCCCUCAUUACCAUGUCUGAAAAACUCAAGGAGUUCGCUGAGGUGCCUCAGCAGUUCUUGCGUGAGGGGAACCAGUUUAUGACACGGUGUACCAAACCUACAAAGAAGGAGUUUAUACAGAUCUGCAGGGCAGUCGCCGUUGGUUUCGCCGUUAUGGGUUUCAUUGGGUACUUCGUCAAGUUAAUUCACAUUCCAAUAAACAAUAUACUUGUCGGAGGUGCAUGAUGUACUCAUAUCGCAAAAAGCUGGCACCCGCACGGGUUGGGAAUCAGCAUUGCUUUUCUUUAUUAUCUGUGAUUCAUUCAUCUGGAAUGGCAGUUAUACCAUGCAG